AUGGACAGAGAGGUGGGUGAGGGCGAGGGUGAGGCAGCGGAGGCGGGCGAGGGUGUGUGUGUGGGCAUGGACAAAGAGGUGAGCGAGGGCGAGGCAGUGGAGGGUGAGGCGGUGUGGCCGAGGAUGAAGAAGGAGAAGGGUUUCAGAGCUGAUGGAUUAAUGAAGGCUGCUAAAGGGAAUCUUAUAGUGAUGAAUGCCAAGUUGUCCGACAUGUUAUAUGUUCUACAAGGUUCCACUGUGACAGGUUCAGCAGCGGUAACUUCUUCCUCUAAGUCAGAUUCUGAUAGCACCAGAUUAUGGCAUAUGCGACUAGGCUAUAUGAGCGAAUAUGGUAUGAUGAAGUUGGGCAAGAGAGAUCUACUUGGUAAUCAGAGUUUAGAAAAGUUGGACUUCUGCGAGCACUGUAUUCUUGGCAAACAAAAGAGAGUCAGCUUUAAGGCCGCAGUUCAUUAG